AGUUGGAUAGGGAGAGGAGUGACAAAUACCUGUUGUGCCAUUCAUUUCACACCAAAAACACUUUUAGAAUGAUUCAUAUGUCUAUUGACACUGUAAUUAUACAUAAAUGUUCGUUAGAAAUAGGAAAAUUAUGAGUAACCUACUCCAGCAAAGUCUGAAAGUAUUUAUUCUAGGCUAUGUGCCCGAGGGACUUCUCAAUUUGGUGUUCUCAACUGACUGAGUGUUUCAUCAAACUACAUACUCUGCAUAUUCUACGGAACCCGUAGACCUAUUCACGGAUCUGCUUACUUGUUUUAGAUGAAAAGCUAUUGAAACCUGGAAAUAGUCUGUCAUGCUUCAACGGAAAAUUCAUGCAGUUAAAAUAAAUAUAUUAGAGACACGGGAAGAAUGGAUCGGGCACAACGAAAGUGUUGUGUAGGCCUAUCUGCUUUACAAGGCGUGUGACACAUUGAAGUGAGUUUGACAUGGCGUGCUGGCAAUGGUGCCGUCGGACCUGCGUUUGUUUCCUGGACAAUGAAGAGAGGCAGACUAUUGCUAUUGACAAGGAGAUUCAGAGGAUUCUCCGAAAGCAGAAGAAGAGAGAACGCAGAGAAAUCAAAGUGCUUUUACUCGGCACGGGGGAGAGUGGGAAAACCACCUUCAUCAGACAGAUGAGGAUCAUCCAUGGAAGAGGCUUCUCUGAGGAGGAAAGACGGGACUACGCCAAGCUCAUCUACCAGAACAUCUUCACAGCUGUGAAGGCAAUGACCCGGGCCAUGAUCACCCUCAGACUGCCCUAUGCCUACCCAGAGAAUGAGAUGUAUGACAGGUGGGUGCAGGAUGUGGAUGUCUCUGUCACCCAGCUGGACAGAGGCAAUGUGGAUGCCAUCCGCCGUCUCUGGGCCGACCCAGGCCUCCGGGUCUGCUACAGCCGCCGCAGCGAGUACCAGCUGUUGGACUCCACAGAGUACUACAUGACAAAUCUGGACCGCAUAUCAGCCCCAGACUACAUCCCCACUGCUCAGGACGUACUGCGAGUUCGAUUCCCCACCACCGGCAUCCAUGACUACUCCUUCACUGUGGAGAAAAUCACACUCAGGAUUGUGGAUGUGGGUGGACAGAAGUCAGAGAGGCGGAAGUGGAUCCAUUGUUUUCAGGACGUCACAUCCCUCAUUUUCCUGGCUUCCCUCAGUGAGUACGACCAGGUCCUGGAGGAGAGAGAGACCGAUAACCGUAUGGAGGAGAGCUUGGCUCUGUUCUACACCACCAUCCACUCCCCCUGGUUCCUCAACACCUCCAUCAUCCUCUUUCUCAACAAGACAGACAUCCUCGCUGAUAAGAUCCAGGCGUCCGACCUGCAGAAGUACUUCCCAGGGUUCACAGGAAAGCGACGUGACGCUCAGGAUGCUAUGAAGUAUAUACAGAAGAUGUAUAAGCAGCAGACUCGCAGCCGGGACAAGGAGGAGAGCAAGACGCUGUACCCCCACUUCACCUGCGCCACCGACACCAACAACAUCUGCAAUGUAUUCAAUGCCGUCAAGGACACGGUGCUCCUCAAGGCCCUCAGGGACUAUGGGGUGAUCUGAUGGGCCUGGGGGCCCUCCUGCCUGGGGAGCAACACUCAACCAACACUCAGGGCUGAAGAGACUCUCCCCCGAUCCAUUCCUCGCUCACUUUUCUCCUCUCUCCAUCUCAGCGCUGGGGAUGCUUUCUGGCCAAACCUUCUUAUUGUAGGAAGGAAUCUCAGACAGAAUGGACUGCUGAACACGCACGCACGCACGCACGCACGCACGCACGCACGCACGCACACACACACACACACACACACACACACACACACACACACACACACACACACACACACACAUUACAGGAUCUGAUCAUAGUUAUUUCCCCCUCUGGUUGUUAUUGUAUAAUGUUGUGUUUAAGAGCUUGGAGAUGCAGUGCCCUACCAGUGCUUGAAACUGGACUAGAGAUGUCAUGAAGUGCUGUGCCUCCAUUAUGUUAGUGAUGACUUUAGCAGGUGGAGAGGAGAACUCUAUAGCCCAUAUGUAUCACCAACACCCCCAUGUUGAUAGAAAAUGCCUCUGCUCUAGAGAUCACUACAGAAGCUUCCACUCUAUCUGUGUGUUGAAUGAACGUUACUGUACACGUGUUGUAGCCAUUACAUAACACAACACACCAUUUACACUAAUAAGUUUACACUUAUGAGAAGGUGCCACCAAAUAAGGCUGGUGUAACAUUUUGUAUUUGGUUAGUCUUUUCAUUUGUUUUAUUGUUUGAUAGCUGUAUUCCAGGUGUGAGGUGUGGUGAAGGCAGGAAAUGUGAGAGUCGAUGGGUUCCCCUGACACAGUAUGUUAUGCAAUGCAAUGCUGUACUACACUGUUAGGAUUCUUGGUUUGGUUCAUUGUGGAUGUUCUUGUCUCUUCCCAUAAUGUGCUUGCUUUUCGACCAAUCACUAACUGCUAUACAUUGAGUUCAUAUGGGAACAACAAUACCAGUGAAUCAAUACAUUGCCCAACAAAUCAGAGUCCUUAAAGGGAUAAUUCAAUGUGUCAUUUUGUAAUUUGGGUGGUUUCCUUACCCUGUAGCAUUCUAUGUACAAGGUAUGACAGUAAUCCAUGCUUUGGUUUAGUUUCCCUGGCACUGUUUCCAAAUGUAAAUGUUUAGCAUUUGUGGCACAAAUCCCAUUCAAGUCAUGGGACCGAUUAUUAGCCAUUUUUGGGCAUCAUGUUCAAAUCAUCUAUAAGUUACUUUGGUGAACUUCACGAUACUUUAGGAUAAUUUGGACAUAAAUUAUAAAAUUGGUCCCAUGACAGAUUUGUGCUACAAAUGUUGGCAUUUGGAAAACGUGCAAGGGAAACUAAACCAAAGAAUGGAUUGCUGUCAUACUGUAUCUUGUACACAGACUGCUUACAGGGUAAGGAAACUAAUGUGUCAUUGUGUAAUUUGGGUGAAAUAUCCCUUUAAGAGCAGGAGCCAAGUACAGGGUUAAUACUAGCUGGCAGGCAUGCUGCUGUUAAUGCUAUUAGGUGGUUGAGGGAGGCCAGUAGAAAUGAAAGCCUGGUAUCCUGAGCGGUUCAAGUCUUGCUACUGUCUGAUACCUCCAAAAAUCAACCUAAAAAGAACAGAGUGUAGUUGUGAUGUGAAUGAUGAUAGGCUACAGCCCACGGUAGGACUUUGAUUUGAGCGGUGGAGUUUCCUGAUCAUCUCUUCGGGCUGUGCUGUGGAGUGUCAUCAAAGGUUACACAGCAAAACAAGGAUUUAAUCAUUGUAUUUAUUAUUAACAUCUCUUUAUUUAUCGUUGGCUAGUUCUUUUACUCUGGUCCCGAUAUCCAAAUUUAAGUUCAGUUGAUAUUUAGCUCAGUAGGCUUUGGCUGUGCUCAAAUUGUUACUAGGUCGGUAAGAUUUUAUAUUGGAUUUUAUAUUGGUGCAAUUGAAGCAAUAUUGUCUCUAUACAUAUGAGCGUAAUAUCCAUCUCAAUAUGAGUGAGUGGAGCAGGGUGGAGUCUGUCUGAUAAUACAGGUAUUAAUAUUCUAACCUGUGUGUGUGUGUGUGUGUGUGUGUGUGUGUGUGUGUGUGUGUGUGUGUGUGUGUGUGUGUGUGUGUGUGUGUGUGUGUGUGUGUGUGUGUGUGUGUGUGUGUGUGUGUGUGUGUGUGUGUGUGUAAAAGGACUUCAAGAUCAGAUUAAAACCUCUUCCAUUUAAUUGAAUUCAGUAAUGACAAAUUGACAUAGAUCAUAUAGUGUAGUAUGCAUCUAUUUGAUCAAGAUUUCAGAAUAUUGCUUUAGGACAGUGUGAAUAAUGUAUACAGUAUAAGGAUUUGACCUGUGUUUUCUAACUUUGGCCAAAUAGUUUUUUUGUAAAGGAUUUGAGUCUGAAUGUGCAACUGUUGUAUAGCUAUAUACUGUAUCUUCCCCCCUGCAGAACUGAACAUAAACCCUGCUGUUGUGAAAUAUUAAUUGUGUUCAGCUUAUUUUUCUAUUAGACAACCUCAUCAAUAGCUACAGUAACUGGAGUUGUUGUAUAUCUUACAGACUUAAACAUUGGGAGAACUCUUAUUUGUUGCAAAUAUUUUGUAUAGAUUUGGCAAGAAUUUGAUGAAAAUAUUUUCAGAUUAGAUUAAAGAUAUGUUUUGA